GGAAAAUAUGGUGUUUUAUCUAUCAUUGGGUGUACGAAUCAAUGGGCUUCCCUGUUGUCUUGGUCUUUCCAUCUCAGUCCAUCUUUUUUUUUUUUCUUUUUAUGUGACUGUCCCCUCCCUUACCUCCUAAGCUUCCACCGCCCCUCUCUCUGUGGAGAGUGAGAAGAGGGAACGGGAGAGCGUCUCUUUCUGUGUCUUUCUGUUUUCGUGGAUGAAACAUGACUGCAGUGCUGGACCUCAACCAGGUUUCCUGUGCGGUGAUUGGCAUGGAGCAUGACAUUGAGACUCCUCACGGUGUCCUUCACGUGACUUUGAGAGGGACCCCUAAAGGCAACCGACCGGUCAUUCUCACCUAUCAUGACAUUGGACUCAACCAUAAGUCAUGUUUCAACACGCUCUUUAACUUUGAGGACAUGCAGGAGAUCACCCAGCACUUUGCUGUGGUCCAUGUGGACGCUCCAGGACAGCAAGAAUCUGCCCCUCCUUUCCCCACUGGGUUCCAGUAUCCCACCAUGGAUGAACUUGCCGAGAUGCUACCUUCAGUUAUGACCCAGCUGAAGAUCAGCAGUAUGAUUGGAAUUGGUGUGGGUGCUGGAGCCUAUAUCCUCACUAGACUGGCUUUGAAUGAGCCUGAUCUGGUGGAGGGGUUGGUUCUCAUCAAUGUGGAUCCCUGUGCUAAGGGCUGGAUUGACUGGGCUGCUUCAAAGCUGUCUGGAUGGACCAGUAAUCUCGUGGACAUUGUGAUGGAGCACCAUUUCAGCACGGAAGAGCUGACCGAGAAUACAGAGAUCAUUCAAACAUAUCGCCUGCACAUCGCUCAGGACAUCAACCAGGACAACCUGGCUCUCUUCUGCCAAUCCUACAACAGUCGGCGAGAUCUGGAGAUUGAGAGGCCCAUCCCAGGACUUAAUGAAAAUACAAUCAAAACACUGAAGUGUCCUGCCCUGCUAAUCGUUGGUGACACAUCACCAGCAGUAGAGGCUGUGGUUGAAUGCAACUCAAGGCUAAACCCAACCAAGACUACUCUGCUCAAGAUGGCAGAUUGUGGUGGACUUCCCCCAGUUGUCCAACCGGGUAAACUUGCAGAGGCUUUCAAGUACUUUGUCCAGGGAAUGGGCUACAUGCCCACUGCUAGUAUGACCCGUUUGGCACGGUCUCGCACCCACUCUGCUUCCAGUAUGAGCUCAGCAGAUGGCUCUCGCAGCCGCGCACAUACCAGCUCACAGAUGGAGGGCGCCACUGGCGGCUCCAUCCACGACAACCAGACCAGACCACAAACCAUGGAGGUCUCCUGCUAAAGCAUCCAGAACCACCAUCUUUGGGAUUGUUCUAAUGAAGGGAUGCAAUGUUUGACUUGUAAUCCAUGUAUUUAAAAUGUUACUAUAUUUACCACUGCAUGGACACACACUAAUAUUUUGCUGUUGUUUUUACCUUGAUCUUGAUUGGCUCACUAUUCUAUUACUCCAUUCUUUUAUAUUUGUGUCGUCUUUUGGAGAAAGCGGUUAGUUUUUCAGUCUCUAUGCUUCUCGUGUAUAUAUUUUGCUGAAGUCUGUUCUAUAUUAAACAUUAUUCAGAAGGUCUUUUUUCCCUUUUCUCGCUCUCUAAAGUCUUCCUUGCCCCUUGUGUUUUUACUAUAGAGACGACCAAACUACUUCUCCUACGUGUCAUAUAUUUAUCUUUUUGUACUUCAUUUUCUGAACUGAUUUCUUUCUCUUUUAGUGUGUUUCUGCUGGUCUUGAUUAUCAUUUGGCAGUGGCUACUAUUACGUUCAUUUUAAUUUAUGGCUCUAUUAUUGUAUUAUUUCUAGAACAAGAGCUACUAACUAGCAUGUCCCUAUUUAAAAUGUAACAUAGGAAUUCUUAUUAUUAUUGCUUAUGUUUAGAUCUUUCUUAGAAAGGUUUUACAACUGCUAAUUCAGAACGGUUACAUUUUGAUCAGUCUGGAGAGCUGUAUUAAGUUUUAUACCAGAAGCCCCUUUCUAGCAAAGAGUUCCACUUAAAACGCACUACACCAUCUGUGUUUGGCAAUUUCAUAUAUCAGCUACAGAUACAAGCAGAUAUCCCAAUAACUGCAACUAAGAUCUAUAGCUCAAAGAACACUUAUAUUUACCAUAGAGAGCAGUGUCUUUCAGAUAUAAAAAGCAAAAAUGCAAACUACAUUAACUAGCAAAUCUAUAGGCAUACAAUUUUGCCAUUUUUCCAUUCCCUCUGUACAGUGGAAAUCCUUAAAACCUCAGAUUAUUUUGAAUACUCUGCUACUUUCUGGAGCUUUAUUGUUAUUGGUCUUUAUUCUUAUUUCAAUAAGUGGCAGUUCUGUUGAUUGCUGAUUUGUACCGCUGCCUUUAGUGAGUUUGUAAUGCAUUAAGUUUUGCCCUCCUAGCAUUUAGGGGGCGUUGUACUGCAUACUGUCUGCUGAGUAUAUAAAUUUGUACGAAUAUUGAAAUAAAGUAGUUGUACAUAAA